AUGAAGGAAGGCCUCCUGGAAACUCUGAAAGAGAACUGGGAAGUGGCGGAGGGCAGGAUUCCACACCGGGACAUAAUCCGUAGCCAAAAGCAGGAUCAUUACAGCCGUGUCAGGAGCAUCCGCUACCGGAAAGACACGUCCGACUGGUCGGAAUCGGCUAAUGGAUCUUUGCAAAUGGAUGCUCUCUCCUUGGAGUCCGCCAGCAAGGAAGCCUAUUUCAGCAGAGUAGAAACGUUCACCCCGCUGAAGUGGGCGGGCAAACCCCACGAGCUCUCUCCCCUGGUGUGCGCCAAGUACGGCUGGACCAAUGUGGAGUGUGACAUGCUGAAGUGCUCCAGCUGCCAGGCCUUCCUCUGCGUGAGCCUGCAGGGGCCGUGCCUUGCUGUGUGUCCGUUCCCCGAGGAGGUGGCUCCGCAGGGGAGUAGAAGUGAGCUUUGCCUUGCAGAUAAGGAGCGCUGUGUGGAGCUGAAGAAGGCCUUGUGCACUGCUCAUGAGAAGUUCUGCUUCUGGCCGGACAGCCCCUGCCCAGAUCGCUUUGCCAUGUUGCUGGUGGAUGAGCCCAGAGCCCUUCUCCAGGACUUCCUGGACCGCUUUCAGAGCCUGUGUCAGCUGGAGCUGCAGCUGCCCUCCCUCAGACCAGAAGACAUGAAAAACAUGUCCCUGACGGAGGAGAAGAUCAGUCUGCUCCUCCAGCUGAUCGGGGAGGAACUAGAGCACAAAACGGAGGGAGAGAAGCCACCGAUGAAGUUUGCCACGGAAAUCCUGCAAGUGCACGUUCCUGCCUGCGUCCUGGCUCUGUGCGGCUGGACUUGCAGUGCUGCGUCUGGCUCCGUGCACCUCUCGGUGAUCACCUGCUCCCGCUGCAUGAGGAAGGUGGGACUGUGGGGCUUUCACCAGCUGGAGUCUGCGGGGCCGGAGCUGGACUCCUGCGGCCCGAGCGGCACUCCGCCGGCAUCCGCCGAGCGCUUACCACUCGUGCCCACGUCUCCGCGCAGGAUGCUCACGCGGAGCCAAGACACGCUCCCUCCGGGCUCUGAGCAGCGCGAGAAGAGCCCGUCCCCGGCCAUCUCUCGCCCACGGGGUUGGGACUCUCCCAUCCCCAUGGACCGGGGCGAGUUGGAGGUGGCCAGCCCCACUUUGAGGAGCCGCCCCGUCACCCGCAGCAUGGGGCAGGGGGACAACGUGGAGGUGCCAUCCAGUCCUCUCCGCAAAGCCAAGCGGGCACGGCUCUGCUCUUCCAGCAGCUCAGACACUUCUUUGAGGAGCUUCUUUGACCCCAGCUCACAGCAUCGCGACUGGUGUCCCUGGGUCAAUGCAGUGGAGGGAGGAGAAGCCCUGGAGGAUACCGCGACCCAGACGGAGAAGGAGCCUGCAAAGGCAGAGCCGGGCUGGCGAGUGGUACUGAACACGCUCCUCGCCACCAGAAAGUGCGACAGAGUGCCUGAGAUGGAGCCUGUGAGUCUCUCGGUGAAGUCCUGCAAGGUGUUCCGCAUUUUCCGGCAGUGGGAGAGCAUGAAUUCCUCCUGAACGGGCCGCUGCCUCUGGGAACUGCUGCCUGGCUGGCGGCACAGGGCAUCGCGUCGGUCCAGCAGAGAUCUACUUCGCAGUCGCUCCCGUGACAGCUCCGUGCCCUGGGGAGGGGGAUGCUGAGGAGGCUCCGUGCCAAACACAGCCCCCAGCGGCUGCUGGGACCCCCUCCUCCCUGACUGCCUUCCUUGAAGCACCCUGCCUUCACAAAUGGCUGCUGUAGCCCUUUGCCCCGAGGGCUUCGACAGCCCCGUCUGGAGCCAGGACGUGCUGCGGGCGUGCGGGGUGAACAAGGAGACGUGGUCACCUCACGAGGGUGACCAUCUUGUCCAGCUGUGACCUGCCAUCAGCGGCGCAGGGAAGUGGUGCCAGGUGGGAAUAAACAUUUCAGUUUU